CUCCGUCUGACGUGGCAUUCGAAGUGGCAACUAUAUUUUGGCGCGAAGGUUUCAAACCUUGCCAUUCAAGUUGGCGCCAAAUUGUGUUUCUUCAAGGAAGAAUUCAAGAAGUUGAAGUUGGAAGCCUUCAACUUCAAGGCUUCAUUGUCAAAUUCAAACCCACACUGAUCACCAGGCUCUGUCGCAGGACUCCAAUCCGGUCACCGCUUUGCAGAAGAGCAUCCGCAAAGUUGAUGCACGCCCAAUCACUCUUCCAAGAAGUCCUUGCGUUCCCUUUUGAGUUGUAAGGAUUUCUGCACGGGUGCUGUCAAUAUCGGAUCUUCAAAGUCAACUAAUACUAUAUUGUCCGACCGUUCCCAGCGGCACGUCAGCAAUCCAGCUUAGUUCAUUUGCGGCAUACUUCUCAUUUCAGGAAAAGAACUGUAGUUCGCUAAUAGAUCAGGCAAUCAUCCCAACGGGAUUUGAAGCAGGACCUGGAGAACCCAUACAGCGGCCACAGCGCAUGUACCAGGGAUGGCUGAACCCAAGAAGAUCUCCAGCUGGUUAGCAGCAGCGAAGGCAGCUCCGUCCAAAUCGCCGACGCCGUCCCCGCCUAAUCACGUCUCCAUGCUUGCGGCUUUGUGCAACACUGAGGUCAGCAAGGACGCCGAUGGUUUUGUGACGGUGGUCCGAGCUAGGAAGUCUCGGUCCCCCCAGAAAGGGAGCGAGCCUCCUCUGCCACAGGGGGACGAGUUCCCUGCUUUGAAGAGUCCCCCAAAGAGGGGCCAGCCAUUAGAAGGGCCUGUAAAGACCAGGAAGGAGGGGAAGAGGAAGGACGGGCAUAAGGACAGAGCAGAGAACAAGCGAGAGGAGAAAGAAGCCGGCAGAUUGGGAGAGUCGACUGGCAUCAUGGAGAAAAAUGCUGGUGCAGAGGCACCGGACCUCAACCGAGGGGAGGGGAGCAGGAUCAACACUCAGGAAAGACUCCAGGCCCCGACAGGCCCUCUGGAGAAAGAGCAAAUGGGGAGCAAUGGAAAGAGCAGAGAAGGGGGUCUCACAAAGGCGAUCAGCGAGGCGGGCAAGUUGAGGGUGCCCCCCUCGCGUGAGGUCACUGCCGAGUUCGACGGCCUCAUGACCGAGCUCCUGAGUGGCCUGCGACUACAAACGUCAGGACAGGGCCUCUCCCCGCCUGUCACGGCAAGCCCACAAACGCAGGGCCCUGUCCAGGCAACCUGCGCGCCCCCCCAGAACAAGGUGGUGCUCUCCCCCCAGGUGCAAAAGGCCCUUGCAGCGCCCCCUAAAAACGGCCCAGUAAACCUCACUGAGAGGGCGCCCCCCCUGUCACGGAACCUGUUCCCAAACCCCCCAUCGGUUACUAGAACCGCCCCCCAAACCCUGGUUACUGGUCCUCGGCCGCCCACUCCCAAGAUCACAAAAGUCAAACCCCCUGAGCCAAUUCUCACCCCUGCCAGGGGCCCGAAUCCGAACUCUUCCGAGCAAUCUUCCACCCCCCAAACCAGGGAACUGUCGUUCUUCGCAGUCCCUCCAAAGACCCCAAACCCUUACUCUCCCAAGUCCGUGCUCGACCUUUCCAGCCCCGAGGGAUCCCCCAUGCCACGUCAGCAGACCCCGGCCAAUCAGACGCCGCCAGCUAAGCGCUCGGCGUACCGGCCUGCGAUGCACGCUGACCCGAAGAAGGUCAUUGGGCGGAAGGCCGAGGCCCAGAGCCCCUCGCCGGAGGUGGUGACGUCAUCUCCGUUCAGCUACACGCUGUGGGCCCCUCCGCUGACAUCAGCGAGACUCUCCUCGGCGGAGGCAGGUGUCCUGCGAGAGUCUCCCUGCAACGUGGUUAAGGAGGUUAACCCAGCGAAGGGCAGCCGGUUAGGGGCGUGGUUAGGGAAAGGGUCGUCCGGUUUGCUGGAAACGGAGAGCGAGUUUCACCAGGCCCUGAUUCGGGGGGUGUUUACACAGCCUACGCCUUUCCAGCAGCCCACAGGUGUGCAUACGGGGCAUGAGGACGACGAGUUGUGUUGCAAGAUCUGCUUUGAGAGGGAGAGCAACUCAACGUACCUGUGUGGGCACACUUUGUGCAACGACUGUGCAGAAUACAUUCACGUACAUAAGAAGAUCUGCCCGUUCUGCAGUAAGCCGAUAGAAAGUGUGCUUAGAAUGUUCACCUAACAGUGGUAACAAGUUUUCAGGUCAAAGUACUCAAGAGUGUACAUUAGCUAGCUGCCGCCAGGUCGAAUAGUAACUUUUCUUGAUAGUUGUAGCUCACUGGUAGAUCUACUGUGCCAUCAUUUUCUUGGUGCACUUUCAAGUUUAAUCCUGACGUUUAAGCCUGCGCUGCCAUCGGGAAGUGGACCGUUGGGGUUUGCGAACAGCA